AUGAGUAUGGUCCGUGCUUCCAAAUACCGGCAUGUUUACGGACAGCCGGUCAAAAAGGACCAAUGCUUCGAUAAUAUCCGCCUGACGAAAAACGCGUUCGACAGCAAUUUGGCCAAGUCAAACGGCAAGUACAUUUCGCUUUGCUGGAAUGCCUCUGGCGGUGGUGCGUUUGCUGUUCUUCCCGUAACUAAACCAGGAAAGCUUCCUGAUCGGUUCCCGUUGUUCAGCGGUCACAAGGGUGCUGUUUUGGAUACCGAGUGGAACCCUUUUGACGACGACAUGGUUGUUUCCGCGUCUGAUGAUGGCAGCAUCGGCGUUUGGAAAGUACCCGCCGGCUUUGACCCCAUGACUCCGGCAGAGGACCUUGAUAGUGUUUCUGACGUGGAAGCAGUCAAGUUUUUGACGGGUCAUUCCAAAAAGGUUGGUCAUGUUCUUUUCAACCCGGUUGCCAAGGAUAUUUUGGCGUCCUCGUCUUUGGACCAUACGAUCAAGAUCUGGAGCGUCGAGUCUGGUGAUGUUCUGUUCACCCUGGAGCAUCCUGAUGUCAUUACCUCGUUUGCAUGGAACUACGAUGGUACGCAGAUUGUGUCAACCUGCCGUGACAAGAAGAUCCGGGUUUGGGACGUUCGCAAAGAGAAGGUGCUGUCCGAGGGCCAGGGCCAUCCUGGUUCCAAAGCCAGUCGCGUUGUUUGGUUGGGCGACCGCAAUCGGGUUGCUACCACAGGCUUUUCUCGCUUGAGUGAUCGUCAAUUGGCUAUUUGGGAUACCGAAAACCUCGACAAGGGUCCCAUUGGUGAUUUCAAAAACCUUGACCAGAGUUCGGGUAUUAUUAUGCCAUUUUUUGAUGCAGGCACCUCUAUGUUGUACCUAGGUGGCCGAGGUGAUGGAACAAUUGUAUACUAUGAGUUUGUUGAUGACAAGCUCUAUGAUCUUUUCUCUUACCAGUCCAUUGCCCCUCAGCGUGGACUGGCGUUUGUUCCUGAUCGUGCUUUGGAUAUUCAUGACCAUGAGGUUGCGCGCGUAUACAAAGUUUGGGAGACUCAAAUUGAGCCUGUACCUUUCCGCGUUCCCCGCAAAAUCGAGGGAUUUUUGUCUGAUAUUUACAAGACCUGCCACUCUGCCGUUGCUGCUCUUGAUGCUGAUGCCUGGGCGUCUGGCAAGACGAGCCGGCCACUUGUGAGCGAGUGGAAGGAUAUUUAUGAUGGCAAGAAGGUUGAUCCCAAGGCAUCGGCCAAGGAGCCCGCCAAGGAGCCCGCCAAGGAGACCAAGGCCAAAGAGACCAAGGCGGAGCCCAAAGAGACCAAGGCCGAAGAGUCCAAGGUCGAGGAUACCAAGGCCAAGGAGCCCAAGGAAACCAAGGAAACCAAGACUAAGGAGUCCGAGGAGACCAAGGAGCUUGAGGCCACAGAAGUAUCUGCCCUUGACAAGGCUUCUAAGCAAGACGCGUAUGAAGUGUUCCAGUCAAAGGAAGUAAAGACAUUUUUGGACAAGGCUGGAGAAGAGGAUCUCGAGAGACCUACAGUUGCAUCUCGUGAGGAGAGCGUUUGGGAUGACGAAGAAGAAAGCAAGCCCGAGGAGCCCAAGGCGGACACCAAAGAGGUUAAAGAGCCCAAAGACACUGAGGAAGCCAAAGCCAAGCCUGAGUCUGAGGAACCCAAAGACACCGAGGAACCCAAAGACAAGUCCGAGUCUGAGCCCAAGUCCAGUGAAAACGGCACUGCUAAAGCGCUUGCUGAUCUCGACGCCGAGGCAAAUGAUGUUCUCGACAAAGCAUCAAAAGCCAAAGCUAAGCUAGAAGAAAUCAAGGCAAGAAACAAAAAACAAGCAGAGUCUACUGACAUCCACGCAGUCGUCGAAAAGCUGUCAGCAGUCGUCGACGACCUUGUUGCCCGUAUCGAGCGUUUAGAGAGUAAAUAA